AGUUUUUCUUAUUUUUAUUUAGCUUUGUUCGCCCUGUGUGCUUGUCUCUGUCUCUCUGUUCCCCUCCCUCUGCAGCAGCAAUAAAAAUAAAUAAAUCUCGCGCAGGUGCAGGGGAGGACGACGACGCACGCACCGUCACAAGCAGCUCAAUCUCUUCUCCUUUUCUUUUUCUCUGCCUCCUCCCUUAUCCCCAAGAAACGCGUCUCCGGAGGAAGGGAAGAUUUCCUCUCUCUGGCCUCAAGAUGUCUUCCCCAAGCAAGCGCCGCGAGAUGGACCUCAUGAAGCUGAUGAUGAGCGACUACAAGGUGGAGAUGGUGAACGAUGGGAUGCAGGAAUUCUUCGUGGAAUUCCGAGGCCCUACUGAAAGUAUUUAUCAAGGUGGUGUCUGGAAGGUUAGAGUAGAAUUGCCUGAUGCUUAUCCUUACAAAUCCCCAUCGAUCGGUUUCAUUAAUAAGAUUUAUCACCCGAAUGUGGAUGAAAUGUCUGGUUCGGUCUGUCUGGAUGUCAUCAACCAAACGUGGAGCCCAAUGUUUGAUCUAGUAAAUGUGUUCGAAGUCUUCCUUCCACAGCUUUUACUAUACCCAAAUCCGUCAGAUCCAUUAAAUGGAGAGGCUGCUGCGCUGAUGAUGCGUGAUCGCCCUUCUUAUGAACAAAAAGUGAAAGAAUAUUGCCAGAAGUACGCGAAACCAGAGGAUGCUGGCAUAACCCCUGAAGAUAAGUCCAGUGAUGAAGAAGAGCUUAGCGAAGAAGAAGACGACUCUGGGGAUGAGGAUAUACUGGGCAAACCAGAUCCUUAGUCGUUUCCACAACCUGUCAUAUACAAUGUUGGUUGCAAAAAUUGCAAUCAAACAGAUGCUCAAAAUCUGGGAAAAAGGAACUUUGGAUGUCAUGUAAAUAAGUGUACUUGUAUUUUGUCCAAUGUUGUUUCCUUCAAUUGACGAUUGAAUUUGCAGCGUCGCGUACACUUUGAACCAUCAGCCUGUGUAGAUCUGUGGAUUCGUUUCAAAGAAUAACAAGGUAACUUGUCGCGUAA